GUAUAUAGAUACUAUAAGAUGUAUAUAUACGCGCGCGGUAGAGCAAUGAAAUGAUGAGGAUUGUAAAUAUUUACCUUCUUUAAACAUUCAAUUGUGCAUUUUAUUAUUUUCAAAAUGAUAGACGGUAAUAUAUCUAUGGAAGAGGAUACUGAAUUAAGAGAUCUGGUGGUGCAAACUCUUGAAAAUAAUGGAAUCCUUGCAAAAGUGCGGGCUGAGUUACGGGCCAGUGUAUUUCUUACUUUAGAAGAACAGGAAUCUGUUCUGAAUCCUGAGCAAUUUUUAAACAAAACAGUAAAACAGUACCUGGCAAGUUUUGAAGGCAAAUUAUUAUUUUCACUAGUACGAGAGUUCCUAGAAUAUUUUGGACUUGAUUACACAAUAUCAGUAUAUGAUCCUGAAACUUAUUUUGGAAAAGAAUAUAACUAUGCAGGUAGGAAGAAACUUAGCGAGGCAUUAGGAAUUAAUACAAAAGAGCCAUUGCUUGGUGAACUUUUAAAAAAUACUAUAAAUGGUGCCUUAAUUAAUAUACUGAAGAAUGACUCAAGCAGUAUUAGAUUAGACAAAACUAACGAUACUUCAGAUAAUAUUGCUAAUGCCACUUUUAAUGUCAGUGUUCCAAAGGUAUUACAAAAAGACUCUGAAACUAAUUCUGCGGAACUGUCAGAAACAAUAGAAAAUGAAUCAAAUUCUAGUUCACAUGUACCUACUAAUGUAACCGUAACAAAAUCACAAGAAAUCCAAAAUGAUCUUUCAUUGAAUAAUGAGAGAAUAAAUAGUAUAGUCAACGAAUCAUCAAAAUCUGAAACUGAUAAAGAUGAUGUUAGUUCCCAAAUUGUACAGGAAAACAGUAGUUCUUCAGAAAAAUCUAUUAAUGAUACUAAUAGAAUAGACUUGUCUCCAAAAUUAGAAAAAGUGAUUACUGUUAAACCAGAUUCAUUUCUCUAUACAGAAUCAAAGAAAAACAGAAAGAAUCUUACUGGAGUUCAAAAUGUUAAUGAAAAAAAUAUAAAACAAACACAGUUACUAAAUAAUAGUGAAAAAACAGUCUAUUUUGAUGAAAUUGUUGUUGGUGGCAUCAAAGAUAAAAUCACUGAAACUAAAAAAAAUGAUCUACUAUUAGGGAAUUUACCUCCCAUUUUGUCUACCAAUAAUUCAGUAUUAAGUGAUUUACCACCACUGAGUGAUAAAAAAGCUAACAUGAAUGAUUUAAAACAACUGAUGGAUAUAGCUCAAGGAGUUUCUCAAUAUGAAGAUGAUUUUCCAUCAUCUACAUCUGGUAGUGCUAGCGAACAAAGUCCUUCAAAAGUUCAAAAAAUUACUGAAAGUUUCAUACAAGAUAAAAAUAAAAAUGACUAUGAAACAGAAAAUACACAUACUGAAAAUGAAAGCGAGGAAAUAGAUGAAGAAAUUUCAACUUGAAAAUAUCGGAUAUAUUUGAUAAAUUUACCGACUAAUUGGGAAUGAACAAGUAAAUAAAAAUAUAAUAGAACCGUAGAGUGAAAAACUCAAUAAUACAUUUACAGAAAGAUAUGAUUUGUUGAGUGUGACAGAUCAAGCCUUAAUAAUUUUUUCAGAUUAGCAGAAUUGGUAUAACUAAAAAGAAUAUUCUAUAUUUGAAAAGAAAACAGUAAAUAUGAAUCUAUACACUUGAAGCACACAAUCACAUGCCAUAGUAAAGUGUGAGAGAUAUUUUCAUAUGUUUAUAAUCACUUAAAAGAAAGAUUAUAAUCAUAUGUUUACCAAACAUUCAAUUAACUUUCUUUUGUAACUACUUUUACUUGAAAUAAGAUUUUCUAAUGAAAUAAAAAUUGUGCAUUUGAUUGUAUGUGUACAAUAUUUAUAGCAUUUUGAAUAGUUAUAGUAUAUCUUAUUUUAAAGAAAAAAAGGCAUCUAUAAUUAAUUUUCAUCGUAGCUAUAUUUUAUAAACUAAUAUUUAAUUAUUUAAAAUUCACUUAGAUGCCAUGUUAUCAAUUGUA